GCGGCUAACCUGGGCACGCCCACCCGCCUUGGCCUCGGGAACUGCCCGCACUCGUGGAAGGGCAAAUGCAUGACAACUGUCAUGUGUGGGGCAACUGAAGAUGUUUGGUAGUUGACGUUGGUCGCACACACACUUUUUUUCAGGAGGAUGCGUUUUAAACUCGGGUAAACUCACUACGCCGACUGAGGACAACUGCCACAUCGGAGCUACAGUGAAGAUGUCGAACUUGACAUCGAACUUGGAGAUGUCGAACUUGACAGUUGAGCUGUUUCCUCAGAGCACAUUCGCCAACAUCUCAAAAGCCGAGGGACUGCGUGCAGUACGGGAGAAUGCUUACGUGACGUACACCCAAGGAAUCAUCAUCGCCAUAUGUGGCAACUUUCUCAUCAGCAUCUCUUUAAAUAUUCAGAAAUACACGCAUGUGCGGCAGUCCCAGCGCGGCUCCAGCAAGCCGUACUACAAGAGCUGGCUAUGGUGGCUGGGCAUCUCCCUCAUGGGUCUGGGGGAAUUGGGCAACUUCGCAGCCUACGGCUUUGCCCCGGCCUCCCUCAUUGCACCCCUGGGCUGUGUCUCCGUCAUAGCCAGUGCCAUUAUCUCUGUGGUCUUCCUGAAGGAGUCACUUCGGGCCUCUGACCUACUCGGAGGAGCUCUGGCGAUAACGGGGACCUACCUGCUGGUGACCUUUGCCCCACACUUUGCUCCUCACGUCACGGCCAAUAUGGUGGAGAGGAGCCUGAUGAGCUGGGAGUUCCUCACCUACAUUUUUGUAGAGGUGAUCGCCUUUUGCAUCCUGCUGUAUCUCUACAAGUGCCGGAACAUGAAGCACAUUGUGAUCAUCAUGUUGCUCGUUGCUCUACUUGCAUCUCUGACGGUCAUCUCAGUCAAAGCGGUGUCUGGCAUGAUCACCGAGUCCAUCCAGGGGAACCAUCUGCAGUUCACCUACCCCAUCUUCUACGUCAUGUUCAUCAUCAUGGUGGCCUCCUGUGGCUUCCAGAUCAAGUUUCUCAAUCAAGCCAUGAAGAUGUUUGACGCCACAGAGGUGGUCCCCAUCAAUUAUGUUUUCUUUACUGCCAGCGCAAUAAUAGCAGGUAUCCUGUUCUAUCAGGAAUUCUUGGGUUUGUCUCCCGUCAACAUCUUCAUGUUUGUGCUCGGGUGUCUCCUUUCUUUCAUCGGAGUGUUUCUCAUCGCCCGAACGAGGCCUAAAAUCAAGACCGACCGCGUGUUUAUCAGCAUGGGUCAAAUCCCAGGAAAGCGGUGCACUGAGAAGGUUCAGCCGCAGCCCGAGGGGAGUGGCUAUGGAACCUUGGCCUCCAAACUCAUGUGCAACAGAGGAACGCAUACAGAUGAGACCUGAAAACUACGUCUGGAGUGGACCAGGCGAUUCUAAAACCAUCGGACUCUGAGAAUAAACUAUAGACUGUACAGUACAGAGACCGAGAGGCAGAGAAAAAGAUCGACAUCAUGUGGGGAUAUAUUAUUGAUACCAAAAGAAGGAAAAUGAGAUGUAAAAAAAGAGUACCUAUAUACAGGUACCAGAGGAGAUGAUGGUGACUGUUGAGUCAGAACUAACUAACCAUGGAAGAGUAAAGCUGCCGAAAACAAAAGUACUACCGGUAUGUUAUGUUCAAGCCACUGACUGGAGAGAAUAUAUUUUAUGCUUUAAUACAAUAAUGUGACUCUCAAAAACUCUGUGUGCUUCAAAAGAGGAAAUAUUUAUGUGAAUAUAAUAUUUUGUUGUCAUGGGAAUAUUUAAGACCUUUGCUAAAAUAUAAUAAACUGACAAUGUGUUAUACCA